AUGUUCCUGUAGUGCUACAUCAACGAGCGCGGGGAGCGCGUUUACACCCUGCGGGUACGGGGGGAAUUCGGGGGGCUUGGGGGAUGUUUAGAAGGGAUUUCAGAAGGUGCCCCCGGACAGGGUUCCCCACACGCUCGGCCCCCUCCCGCCCAUUUCUCCCCCGAUGAUAAAUUCUCCUGGCACCACCUGGCCUUGAAGCAGCGAUUCAGGGUCCUGCUAACCCGGCAAGGUCGGACCGUGCUCUGAGAGACCUGAGACAUUAAAUUUGAAGAAUUAGGGAUUUUUAGGAAACUUAAGAAAGUAAGUUGCUGAAAUAGCUGGAGUAGAUAGGUAAGCUUUGUUCACAGUUAACAGAAGCCGGAUCUUAGAUAAGAUAUCCCGGAUUUAGUAACUCAUUACUUGUCAGCUUUAUGUUUAUGUAGCUGUGCUUGUAAUGAAAAACAAAGUGUGAUAAAUAGGACAUAAGAUAGCUGCAGAUUUCCUGCUUAAAGGACCCAUUGAACACAGGAAGCUAUAAGUUCUACCAAGGAUUCAUUUGUCACGAAUGCAUUGAAAAGGUAGAAAGGUCAGGACGAGGAAGACUCAUCUUACUUCCUCAUUUUGGGUGACCCCUCCCCAGAAGAGACCCCCGACUCAUUUUAGGAAACAAACUACACAUGCUUAAAUAGCCUUUUUGCCAAUUAGCAUACGAAGCGGGGAAUGGGAGGUGA